AUGCCUCCCACCAUGGAAGACGAGUACACAGUCAUAUUGCAAGAUCGCCACGACAAUGAAGCUUCAGAGGACGAAGGCGAUGAGAGUGAAGAUGAUUCUGUUGUAGCAACAGAAAACCCUCCCCAUGUUGUUUCUCCUGCUCCAAAAGGCGCCAAUUCUCCCAAGAAGCGACCACGAUCUCCAGAAGAUGACAACCCCACCAUCUUCGUUGCGGAGCCACCAAAGAAGAAGGUCAACAGGAAGUAUAGCAUUGCUCAUGAGUUCAUCACAAAUGGGAAUUUUUAUGUUAUUCAUAUUGACGUAGAGCAUGGAGGAGAAGGUUGCGGUAUUGUCCAACUGUCGGCUGUCAUCUAUGAUCCUGCUCAAUGGAAGUGA